AUGAAUCCCAAUAUCGAUAAGGACAAUGAAGCAUGGUUGGAGGAAGCUUCCGUUUGCAGAAUCGCAGUACCGUUUGGAAGUCCCUCGCAGUCAGCCUUUGAGUCCAAAUCGACGCUGAAUGCAAUUAAACCUUCGCCCAACAUUGUGUCUCCAAUUUCUCUUGUUGGACGGGCUCCUGGCCUUUCAAAAGUAGUCAAGCUGGACGUGGGAGGUUAUACCUUCAAGACAAGCCGCGACACUCUUUGUCGCAUUCCUGAUUCCCACUUGGCAGCGAUGUUCAGUGGUCGUCAUGCCACGGGGCCUCUCCAAGAUGAUGAUGGAUCGUUCUUCAUUGAUCGUGAUGGAAGGCACUUUCACCAUGUCCUGAACUUCCUUCGGUCUGGCAGUGCGGUGACGCUGCCCGAAGGCCCAGCUGCGAAAGCGGAGCUUGCUGUCGAGGCAGAUUUCUAUGGGCUCGAUGACCUGGUCAAGGCAAUCAACAUGCCCAAGAUUGACAUCUCCGAAACCGUUCCUCUUGGCACGUUGAAACAAUGGGAAGCUGAAUCCCAGUUGCGAGCUGCCUUUGUCGAUGGGACUGCAAAGCAAUGGCCUGAUCGUUUCCGUGGGCUUUUGGCCCUGUUUCCCGUCGGAGACCAUGAGACAACCCUUGAGAUGCCACUGAAAUUCGAUCCUUCAAGCGAGCUUCUUCAGGACCAGCAAAACCUCUUUAUGGAUUCCCUGCGAGGAGACGCAGAUAAUACAAGUGUGUCAGUCGAGAGCCUGCAAGAGUUCACGACAAACUUCAACAAGGAAUGGCCCAAUAUCCAUCACAGGUUGCUCGAUGUGCUUCUACAGGAAAAUGUCGUUGUGGCAGGUGGUUCCGUGCUGCGUGCCUUGACAGCAUCGGAGGACGUUCGGACAUCCAAAUGGUGGGGCGAAGAAAAGUCUGAUAUCGACUUGUUCGUGUACGGUUGUGAGCCGAAUGAAGCAAGUAGGAUUGCACGACGAAUUUUUGAUGCCUUGGCACUAGAUCCAGAACAAUGGGUCGUGGUCCGAGCACGAGGAGUGAUCAAUUUGGUGCAAUGGGUGAACGGUCUUGACGUGAAAGUUCAGAUCGUCUUACGAAUCUAUGACUCGCCUACAGAAGUCUUGAUUGGAUUUGAUGUAGACUGUUGCUGCUGUUGCUAUGAUGGACGUAAUGUAUGGGUCUCCCCUCGGUGGAUUUCAGCAGUUCGAUCCGGAGUCAACGUGCUAAAUCCUCUUCAUGCAUGGCCCAACAAGCCAUCCUAUGAGCUCCGUCUGGCAAAAUACGCCAAUCGCGGAUUUGAAGUCUUGGUGCCCGGACUUCAUCGUUGCCCAGUCGACUACAAGCGCAUCCCUUCUAGCGACCUUGCAGACCUCAAAGGAAUGUCCCGAUUUCUCAAGGUGGCGUCUGAAAUGGACAGCGCCGCACCCUUCACUGGGUACAUUUACCGGCGAGACGAACAAACUCGUUGGCGUCGUCUCCGGACCGAACGACCCCGUACUCCGAGGGAGGUACCCACUCUCAAAUCUGAGUACGUUGACAACGUUCUAUCGGAUGAUGAACGCGUGGUUCAUGUGCUGAACUUGACGUACGACGUCGAUGACGAUCACGAAGGACACCGUGUCUUGGUUCCAAGUGUCUACGGGCACAGCGGCUACGAGACUUCGGAUCCCUGGUUGUGGAUAGAGUGGGGUGAGUUCCCUGUCGCCGGAGACUCUCGAGACGAAGCCUGGGAGGAAAUCCUUGACGGCGGAGAGGACGCCCCCAAGGCUGUUCCGCGGUAUCUUGCUGAUGCUUGGGAUACGGGAAAGCGAUCCCGAGAAUACAUGAACGGACAACAAGACAAGUACGAUCUGGACAAUCUGUACUAUUCCAAAGCCUGCAAGGACGAUGCCGAAGACUAG